GAAAAUACUUCAUUGAAAGCCAGUUCAUGUUCCCUCAUGUCUCGGCAAGCAGCUGGUAGUGUUGUACCACAAGCUUCAGGUCCUGUUGGGACUAUGUUUCAUCAGAGCCAGGCUCUUUCACCAUCACCUCCUGAUAUAACCAAGCUACCUUGUUCAAGAUUUGUUCAACGAAGUGAGAGUAGUAGAGUGGAUGUUACAAAGCAUCCAUUGCUGACAACAGAUGUUUUUCAGAUGACCAAGGAGCACCAUAGUGACCUGCAACAACUGUUACUGCAGGCUACUGAUGAGGUGUGUGAGAUUAUCUGCACGGCCAGCACUGCUGCAUUAAUGAAUCUUGGUGUCAGUGACUACACUCGUCUGCAAGCCCUGCUAGCUAUCAGAAAACAAAUCAAGGACAGGCAAAGCUUGAUCACAUUAUCAGCUACCUGUGGAUCACCCGACAACGGUGCACAUUCCUUUCUACAAAACUGCCACUCAAACAUCUUACCAGUGAAAGAUGCUGAGAAUGUUAAUGCCAGUAAGGUCAUGACCCACACAUCUCCUUCAGUCUCUAAGUCUGUUGUGAAAAAAAUUCCUGUCACCAGACUCCAGCCUGUGACUGCCUCACCAGUCCCCUGUGGAGACAGCUUCUUUGAAGACGCUGACAAGUUCACCCAGUCACACACAAGCUACUUACAAGACACUCGUCCCAUAGCUCUCAUUUCUGCUGGCGAUCCUGUCCCAACAAAUGUUUCCAAGGACAGAGAGUCGUUUUCAGGCUCAAUCACUUCAUUUUCAGGUUCUCAGUUUCAACAGACAAAAAAUUGCACUGUGAGCGUUAGACAGAAUUCUGACAGCUCACCUAUUGUCAUCAACGAUGAUAGCAAUAAUGCCUUGAGAGAUGUUUGUGUUGAUAGUUUCAGGUUUGACUAUGAUAUAUCAGUAGCUUCUCAUAAGUCCAAUGCAAAACAGAAUGAGAGACGUGCUGAUUGGAGCACAGAUUCUAACUGUACAUCAUUUGAAAGUAUUGUAGAUGGUUUUGAAGAAAAUGGCGAUGAUUUUGACAUGGCAGAUAUAAAAGAGUGGGAUAAACAGGCUGGUGAAAGUGAUGCUGAUACUUUGAAAUCAACUUCAUUGGACACCACCAAUACAGAAGCAGAUCCAUACAUCCCGAUGUUUGGAUCAUCAGACAAGGAUGAUGGAGCAACAGGUGAGUUUGAUGGAGAGAACUUUCCUCACAGCAAGGAGCUACGAAAAGUGUUUCACACUGUUUUUGGAUUACGAGAGUUUCGCCACAACCAGCUACAAGCCAUCAAUGCAGCUCUGCUGGGUCAUGACUGUUUCAUUCUUAUGCCCACAGGUGGAGGGAAGAGUUUGUGUUACCAGCUUCCAGGACUGGUCGCUCGAGGAGUUUCAGUCAUUGUGUCACCUCUACGAGCACUGAUACAAGAUCAGGUUCAGCGUCUUAUUGCCUUUGAUAUUCCUGCUGCCCACUUGUCAGGGGAGAUGGACACAGGUCAAGCAAACACAGUGUACUCUCAACUGUACCAAAGAGAUCCUGGUGUUAAGCUACUUUAUGUAACACCAGAAAAACUUUCAGCUAGUGACAAGCUUCUCAGCAGCCUGGAAUCGUUGUUCAGACGUCAGAUGCUGAAUCGAUUUGUUAUAGAUGAGGCUCACUGUGUUAGUCAGUGGGGUCAUGACUUUCGCCCUGACUACAAGAAACUAAAUGUCCUUCGAACCAAAUUUCCUGGUGUUCCUGUCAUGGCACUGACAGCAACAGCCACACCAAGAGUGAGACGUGAUAUCAUUCACCAGCUAGCCAUGAAAGAACCUAAGUGGUUUAUGCAGAGUUUCAAUCGUCCCAACCUGAAGUAUUCGGUGAAACCCAAGAAACCUUCCAAUGCAACUGCAGAUGUCACUGAAAUGAUAAAAUCCAACUUUAAACAUGACUGUGGCAUCAUCUACUGUCUUUCAAGGAAAGAAUGUGAUACAGUAGCAGAACAGUUGAAAAAGUCAGGUAUUGAGGCAGAGUCCUAUCAUGCAGGACUGUCUGACUCUGAAAGAAAUCGUGUUCAAGACCGUUGGCUAAAUGGUGACAAGUGUCAGGUUAUCUGUGCCACCAUUGCUUUUGGCAUGGGCAUUGACAAGGCUGAUGUGCGUUUUGUGAUUCAUUACUCUCUGCCCAAAUCUGUGGAAGGAUAUUACCAGGAAGCAGGGCGUGCUGGAAGAGAUGGCAUGCUGGCCCACUGUAUACUCCUGUACACAUACAGUGAUGUCAGACGCCUGCGUAGCAUGAUUGAAAGAGAUCAGUGUGCCACAUAUGAAUCGAAAAGAGUGCACAUCAACAACUUGUUUCGCAUGGUCCACUACUGUGAGAAUGUGGCAGACUGUCGAAGAUCUCAAGUUCUUCAUUAUUUUGGAGAACACCAUUUCGACCGUGAACACUGUAAUGUGGUUCCUGGUGCCCUCUGUGAUAACUGCAAGUCAAAGGAUCUUUUCAUUGUUCGAGAUGUUACUGAAGAUGCCAAAGAGAUUGUCAAGUGUGUUCGAGAGUUGACCUCUGGUCGAAGAAGUGAUUACACUCUUCUACAUUUUGUGGAGAUAUUUAAAGGUUCACAAAACACGCGCAUUAUGGAUCUGGGUCACAAUAAGCUGGCACUUCAUGGCCGUGGCACAGCCUACAGUCGAGGUGACGCAGAGCGUUUGCUGCACCGUCUUGUGAUUGAAGAGAUCCUAGCAGAGGAAUUGAGAACUACUGCUGCAGACACAACAGCCUGUUAUAUUAUGCUUGGUUCAAAGGCAGCUGACCUAAUGCACGAUAAAAUCAAGGUUCAGAUGGCUGUGCAGGGUGGCCGCAAGCAAAACAAGAUGUGUCGCAUUGGCCAGGAGCCCCAGACCAGUCGGCAGCAACUGAUAGACAACUGCUACAAGGAGCUCGUGAUUCUGGCAAAGACCAUUGCCUCUGAGCAUGGAAGCAAGAAUUAUGCCUUGAUUUUCCCCAACGCUAUGCUGUGGCAACUUGCUGAGAAGACCCCUCUGACUGUGGAGGAGAUGAAGAAGGAGAUUGAUGGAAUGCCAGAGACCAAGAUCAACAAAUAUGGUGCCCAUAGGUUUUUGGACAUUACUACCAAGUUCUGCAUUAUGGUUUCAACCUUGCCCAAUGAAGAUCUGAAAGACAACGAUGCAGAACUUCACAAGACAGAGGACUGGGCAUCCCCUUAUUUUUCUGCCCCAAGCACAAGUGUCACUCCAAGAAGAGGAUAUGGAAGAGGAAAGCGUGGGCGGCCUAAACCCAGGAAAAAGAACUCACACGGUGGAGUGAAAAGAAAGGGUGGAAGCAGUGUUGGCACAAGAGGAAGAGGUCAGCGAGGUCAUUCUUCUUUCAGAGGAAGUUUCACAUCGAGUUCAGAGAGCAGAGGAUCAGCCAAAUCAGGACCAUCUCGAGGAGGCGGAGUAACCAAAUCAACCUUGGGAAUGAUGCCUGACCCUCGUUCCAGACCCUAUCUUGCCUCAGUUGGUUCUUAUAUGGGAUAGGUGUGGGUGUGAGGAGUAGAGGAGGAGGAAAGAAGACAAACGAGUGGUGUAUAAACUGGUUUAAAUAUCAAAACAGAAACUGGAGGUAGAUGCAGUAAAAAACUACCAUAGUCUUUUACAGCCUGUCUGUAUCUAUGUCUCUGGGAUGUUUACAAUAUGAGUAUGCUUCUAAAUGCUGUUGUGAAUAUAGGCAGAUUGAAAAAUUUUAUGUAAUGGGUCAUGUUUAUUCUGGAUGUAAAUAGGUAGGUUUGGUAAGGAAAAUUUAUUAAAAGAUUAAUGAGAAAUGGU